GCUCGGCGCGGGCCUGGGGAAUCGGGAGCCCGCCGCCAGGGUCGCAGCAUGGGGCGUUUUCGCGGGGGCCUGCGGUGCAUCAAGUAUCUGCUGCUCGGCUUCAACCUGCUGUUCUGGCUGGCCGGAUCAGCCGUUAUUGCAUUUGGACUAUGGUUUCGGUUUGGAGGCACCAUAAAGGAUCUAUCGUCAGAGGACAAGUCCCCAGAGUAUUUCUACGUGGGGCUCUAUGUGCUGGUUGGAGCCGGGGCCCUGAUGAUGGCUGUGGGUUUCUUCGGGUGCUGCGGAGCCAUGCGUGAGUCACAGUGUGUGCUCGGAUCAUUUUUCACCUGUCUGCUGGUGAUAUUUGCUGCUGAAGUAGCCACUGGAGUAUUUGCUUUUAUAGGCAAGGACGUAGCUAUACGACACGUACAGACCAUGUAUGAGGAGGCAUACAGCGAUUACCUUAAAGACAGGGGAAGGGGAAAUGGGACUCUCAUUACCUUCCACUCGGCAUUUCAGUGCUGUGGAAAAGAAAGCUCUGAACAAGUCCAGCCCACGUGUCCAAAGGAGCUUCCAGGCCCCGAGAAUUGCAUCGACAAAAUUGAAACCAUAAUCAGUGUUAAGCUCCAGCUCAUUGGAAUCGUCGGUAUUGGCAUUGCAGGUCUCACGAUCUUUGGCAUGAUAUUCAGCAUGGUGCUUUGCUGUGCAAUACGAAACUCACGAGAUGUGAUCUGAAGAUCCUUCAUCAUGGAAAUUGCAAUCUAGAGUUUUCAUACUAAAUGUCAACAAGAGCUUGCUCAGCUCAUGUUUAAUAUUCAGGAUAUUAGAAGCUAAAAUAAUUUUCUGUUGACUGUAUAUUUGCACAUGUAUGUAUGUAUGUCUGACCCAUUACUGAUUUGACCCUUGGGUGAAUGUCACAUAUGGUCUGUGUGUUUCUGGUAUAUGCAUUGCACAUACUGACAUGUUUCCUGGGGAUCCCUAGUUCUUGUAUGCAAGGAAAAUAACCUCUUUAAGUACCAGGAAAAAAAGCAGCGAUAGACUUCUAAAAGCUGGCUAUUCGGGAAAUGUAAUAAUGGGUCCAUUUCUCAGAUUUUAGCCAAGAAAGUUAGAUACAUAAAGAGGAUGCAGGCUUUUUAGUUAAUGGAAGCAAUAAGCUAUAUGAAUUGAGGGGUCGUGGAGAAAUGUCGAUUGACCACGUCUGAGUUGAGUGUAAAAGUUUCUUGGAGUAUAUAAAUAUAUUUUCCCCAGAAUACAGUAAACCACAGUUUCAGAACUAAACACAUCUGUAAAAGUAAAUAUAGCAUGGAAAAAUCUAAUUUGAAAAAGUCAUGCUUUCUUAGCAUUUAAAAACAGAAAACCUCUCUCUGCAAAGAGAGUUACAUGGGUAAGCAUGCGCCCCAUAAAAGUGAGUGCUUUUAGGACUAAAUAUGACAACUUUUAAGGGGAAGAAAUGUUGUUCUACAAAGACCCCUCUCCUUUCCUGACUCAGCUUUGAACCGCUGAAAGCCUCGCCUUCCCCAAAGGGCUUUUAUCUCACAUUCCUUAGUGCUUUUCCAGAUGAGGUGACGCAAAAGCAAGAACUCUGCAGUGCAUGGUGGGAGAACUCUCGCUGCCACUGCACCUUCGGAAUACCUCAUAAAUUAAGUUUACAUAGUCUCCUAAUUAUUGGCAUUUUUCUUAUUUAUCCAUGUGGAGAAUUCUCCAGAGAUUAAGAAUACAGUUUUAUCUUUUAAAAUAAAUAAAUCCCCCCGACUCAGAUAGUAUGUUAUGGGGACCUUGUCUAAACCAAGAUAAACACCUUCUCCAUGAUGUGUGAACACAACAAAAGCAAGUUAGUGAAUUGAAAAUAUGUUUAUAUAUACAGCUGCAGCACAAAUAGAUUCUUUAUCAGAAAAUCCCUGUGGAAAUAAAUGCUCAGGUUAUUUAGGGGCCUGAGUUGUUGAUUUUAAGUAGGAAAACCCAGGCACUCUCUGGCCUUUUGGCUGCAAGUGGAAAAACCCACAGUAGGGAUCUAAACUUGGUUAUUUGUUGUAAUUUAACAACUUGUUAAAAGAUGUAAAUUACAGAUUUUUAAAGAUUGCAUUUGGCCACACAAAGUGAAGGUGUGAGGAAUAGCCACUGUGCCCACUAAGAACUUAAGACUUUGAUAUAUGCUUUAAAAAAAAAAAAAAAAAGUGCUAUGCUUCAAGAAACUUUUACAAAGUAUUUGCUGCAAACACACAACUGCUGGGAUGGUCUCGCCCACAGACCACUUUCCUCUUUCAGCUGUUCUUGCUACUGCUACUAACUUUGGAGGGAAAAAAAAAAUGUGAGGAAAUUAAAAGUGUAACUGUGUAACCUAAGCAAAGAGUAUUUAAAGAAAAACUCACUUCAUGACUUAUAUACUCCAGUAGUGGACAAACGCAACCUUUUAAGCAAAGAGUGAUCAGUCUUUCUUAUAGCUUUAGUUUAUCUGUCCAUCUGAAGACGGCAAACAAGCUCAAGUGUGUACUCAGGUUCCCCCAGCUCAUAAUUAUUUCCCAUUCCACAGAAAUGAGAUUCAUUCCCUAGAUAAAUGAAUAAGUUUAAAGAAAACCACAGUAACUAUAAGAAGAAUAGAAAUAAUUUUUUAAUGCAGAGGAAGAAAUCUAGAAAUCUGUGUCAAGUGUGACUAGAGUACCUCUCCAUGUGUUAAGCUUUCCAAAGAAUGUGCCAAGAAAAAUUAAAGAAUUCCAUCUCUGAGUAAAGAUGGAUAUAUAUCUUUAUGUGAAUAGAUAAAGCUAUAUCUAUAGAGAUAUAUAAUCCCUAUGUCUUUAACCUAUACAUAUCUUAAAUACAUAUCUCUUAAGGAUAUAUACAGAUGUAAUUUUAAUACAUGUGUGCCUGUAUGAAAUUAUGGAGAUAAAUGUUUGUAUACACACCCAUGCACAUGUAUAUACUUUUUCAGUUAUUUCUGUUUACCUGAACUAAUUUGAGAUCAGACCCGAACAUUUUAAGUUAUUUCAAAUUAAAUUUUCUACGUACUUACACUGCUUGAGUUACCUUAAAAUCCGAGCGAGUCUUCUUACACACUUCCAUGUGACUUAUUUAAAUGAGUGAACUGCCAAUUUACCCAAACAAUAUGGUAAAAACAGACUGGUAAUCCUUCCAUACUGUUAUUGUGAGAUGGGCUCAGAAGCAACACCCAAGGAUUCUAAGUAUCCAUAGUUGGGUUUUAACUAACACAGGCUCACCCAAAUUGUUACUCCUUCCUGCAGAAACACUUGUGGCUUCGCUUGUCAAAUUAAUGCUGGGUCCAAUAUGGUUCUCCUGUGGCAAUAGCCAUCCUUUUCCUGUGGGAAACCUAACAGAGAUGGCUGGGUGAGAAUGAGUCUCAGGGGGAGAGGGUAAUAUUCUCAAUAAUAAUCAAUAAAGAACACAGCAUUUUUCUCCCUUCUGAAAUAAGUUUACCAAAUAUUCAAAG